UGUCCAUCCGCGGACGCCCCUGGUGAAAGCUAGCUGCCCGAGCUACAACGAGGCGCCAGCCAGUACACGCCGUGGCUUCGUGGAUCAUGUUUUGCACCAUGGCGCGCGUCAGCGUCGUGGCGGGAAGCGGUUAUGGACCGUUAUGAAGCGGUGUCGUGAGUUGUCAUGUCGGCGCCGAAGUCGCUCCUCGAUGUCGCCAACCAAGGCGGCUCCGCCAAGCGCUCGCUUCUUGACGUGGCCAACGCCGCGCCAGCCAUCUCCGCCGCGCCCACCUUGCAAAAUGUCGUGGCCAAGCCGACGUUGAUGGGCGUCGCCUUGGCCGACAAGCCGUCACUCUUGACCGUCGCCAAGGAAGCGCCGAUGACCCUCGCUGACGUGGCUGCCGCGCCGAGCGUGUCGUUGCAAGCGGCCGUGGCUGCGACAAUCGCCACCGACAGCGCCGCGCUUACGACUGUUGCCAAGACGCUGCGCCAAGACUCGCGGUCGUCGUUCCAGAAGGCGCCGACGCAGUCGCUUGUCCAGAUCGCAAACGAAGUCGAGCAGGAGCGCGAUGCGGCGGUCGUCCACGCUCUUGCCGACGCAUCCAAGGCGGUCAAGCAAGACCAAGCACGCCAACAAAGCAAUGUCGGCGCUGUCCUAGUCGAAGCGGCGCGGGCCGUCGCCGCCGAGGACGCGGCCGUCACAAAGGCGCAGGUGGCCGCAACGCUCAAGAAAGCCGCCGCCGUCGUUCAAAAGGCUUGUACCGCCCCAACCCCCGCCGUUGCCACUCCAACGACGACCACCAAGAGCACCAACAACAACAAUGACAACAACAACAACAAGGAUGACGAGGACGACGAUGAGUACUCGGACUUCGACGACGACGAUACAAAUGCAAAGAAGAAGAAGAAGCCGGCGAAAAAGGCAGCUCAACCGGCGAACGACGACGACAACCAGAGCGACGCGGCCGACGAGGUCGAGAAGACGAGUCCGACCGUCUCGAGUGAAAGCAAAGUGUUUCUACAAGCCGUCUUCCGCGGCAACCUCCGGCGCGUCCAAGAUCUCUUGGGCGACGACACGGACGUCAACAUUACCGACCAGCAUGGCUGGAACGGUCUGCACUGGGCCGCGUCGCAAGGACACACCGAGAUCCUCGAGCUUUUGAUUGAGCGCGGUGCCAACGUCCAGGCGGUUGAGCCGGAACACCUUUGGUCGCCGCUGCACCUCGCUGCGAUUCGGGGCCAUGGCAGCUGCAUCAAACACCUCUUGCGCGCUGGCGCCGUCGUAGCACGGGUCGAUGUUUACGGCGACACCCCUGUGGCGUGUAUCGCGUCGUUCUCAGCGCCAAAAAAGAAGCACCUCGAGAGUGUGUUUCGCAAGCACCAGCGAGCCUAGUAAAUACUUGCUUUGAAACUAGUGAAUUUAACGAAUUGAAGUCUGUGGCGUUGGUCUGUGA